CUUACAGAAAACUACCUCUAUAAGGAUCUCAGAGAUGGUCACAUGCACGACUACCUAUCACAUGAAGAUGUUUACCAUCUGGCACUGAAGGAUGUCACCGAAGCAUCAAAAAAGUUACAAAAAUUGCAAGCGCUGCGCAAUCCAGGUGGCAAUGAUAUUUGGCCGAAAUUACUCUACAGCUUUCCGGGUCAAGCACUGAUGCCUAUUAACCAUCCUUUUGGCACGCACAUAACAAUGUUUGUUGAUGUGAUUUUCAGCCAAGGAACACCAGAGCAAAUCGAAAAAUUUGGCAAACCUNGAAGAUGGUCAUCGAAUUACCUAUUGCAGGCUGCCACAAUAGCAACACGCUACUCGGCAGUUAGACGACAGAGUCCGAUUAAUACCAAUGAGCCUGAACCGCAAAUCAUCGAUCAUGUAACGCAGCAGUAUAAACUCUUUCCGGAAAUAGCCAACGGCAUAGCCUACCAUCUUGCCGCUAAACACAUGUGGGAAAUGUACGAAUUGACGCUGAAAGAGAUCGCCGCUGGUGAUUACUCACGCAUGACAGACAUGCACAUAAUUUCGUGUGCACUGAAAGUGCUUUCCACCACGGAUGCCUCUUUCGGCAUCGAACGUCUACGCUUGGCUUGUGGCGGUCAUGGCUAUCUGUCCUCAACUAAUUUUAGUGCCAUCUACGGCGAUGCUGUCGCUGCAUAUACUUAUGAGGGUGAA